AUGGCGACGCGUCCUCCAUCAGAGCCCUUACCAGAACCGAAAAUGGCAUUGCCUCAAGGGAUGAAAGAGAAUUACACCAUGCGCAACCUCGACCCCACAACCAGUCCAGGCCGCUCUAUGAGCCAUGGGAGCAGUCCCCGGCAGCAAACUCGCUCUGUCACUUACAUCAGAUCAUCUGCACGAAAGAGACAGAGACGAUAUAGCUCCGGCGGUUCAUCCGCUGAACAAUCUCGCAAGCCCCUGGCCCCGGCCUCGGCCCACGGAUGGGUGAUUGAGCAUCACCAGGGCAAUCUCAUCGCCAAGCACCGCAAGAACCCGUCAGGCCUCAGCGGUGCCCUAAGCGCCGCAGCUAAACGGCGUUUCAGGGGAACGAAACCACCAUCAGCGCCCAGUCUAGCCAGAGGCACUCAGCCGGACGAUAACGUCCCCGUAUCGUCAGAGACCCCGGCCGCCGAAGUGGAAGCGAGAACGGCAGCAGGACAAGAAGAGCGCCUUGAAGUCAGCUUCGCCGAGCUGCAGCGGAUGCGCCUGCGGAAACUGCAGUCUGUGCUCGUGAGGGAUGUCGCCGACAUGUAUCUGGGCCAGGUCGAGCCCGACGGGUGGGAAACCUCUCUGCAGCACGAAUUGAUGCUCAUCUACUUACUACCUCUCGCAGUCCAAGCCUACCGCGACUACGAGUACAUGACGCAAGCGUUAUCAACAGGGACGGAAGACCCCUUCAUCGCACACACAGAAGACGAAACGGUCCUCUGGAUGCUCGAGUCCAUCCACCGCGAGAACGAGAGGAACUGGCCUCGCGAAACAAAGAUAUCACGCGACGACUGGGCCGCGAUCUGCCGGACGCAAGACGCGCGUUUCCAAGAGCCCUCUGCAGGUGGCACAGGCGCGCCGCCAAUUGGGGGCACACGGCGAGCAAAGCUUCGCGCGUCGCGGCUACGGAGUACCUGGGGGCGGAUCUUGACGGCGGUUGUCGGUGGACUGUUUCUGAUCGGACCCAUGUGGCUCAUGGUGCUGCAUAAUACGCGGUAUACGGCGCUUGUGUCGACGUCUGUUUGCGUGUUUGGUUUUGGGGUGCUUAUGGCGAAUGCGUUGGAGAAGCCCAUGGACGUGCUGUCGAGUACGGCGGCAUAUGCGGCGGUUUUGGUGGUUUUUGUGGGGACGAAUACGCAGUCGGAUGCAUAG